GUCGUGGCUCACACCUUUGAAUAUGCCAAGCUGCUCGCCUUCGCAUCGGCUGGCGCAGUGCUCGUCGACCUCAUUCAAUUCCUACCCUUUGAUCUCAGCAUCAUUCGCGGGGAUCGCAAACGUCGAUGGCCUCAACUCGCAUACUUUGGUGCCAAGCUGACAUGGAUCGUCUACAUCAUCCUCAACCUGUCACUCCUCUUUACGCCAACGGAGAUCAACUGCCAAGGCAUGCUCAUCGCCAUCGAACUUUGCAUGGGCUUGCUCGCCAUUUCCUGCUCCACCUUGCUUGCUGCUCGCACAGUUUGCGUCUUUCAAGCUGGAGGUAACGCCCGUCGCUUGGUCGCCAUCAUCGUCAGCGUGUCUGUCGCGGGCAUGGCUGCUGCCUGGUUUGAAGGAGUCGCCGACGUCAAAGCUGCUUGGCUCGCAGAAGCUGCUGCACCGUGGAGCACUGGAGCUUGCAGCUUCCUCUCGGUCAAAAGGACUUACAUGGUCAAGUACCUCCUCACCGUCUAUGUAGACAUCCUGGUCUUUGUCCUGCUCCUCAUCGGCACGUGCAAGAUGGGCACGAGUCGCAUUGGCGAAGUCCUCGUCUUCCAAGGCGCUUGCUACCUGUUGGUCACCAUCCCCAACAUCAUCAUCGCUGUCCUCACUUCCAUGCAACUCUCUCCCGUGAUCAGCUUGAUCGGCGCUGUUCCAAGCAGCGCCAUUAGCUUGAUGGCGGCUACCCGCCUCUAUGUCUAUCUGGCCGAGGCUGCCGCCGUACAGCCUUCCGGUGUCAGCACCAGCCAAGUCAGCUCCACCAUU